CUUCUUUCAAGGUCCAUGUUGCAUCUUCAUACCGGGGUCUAGCCAGAUCUUCAAAGUCUAAGAAAAAUCUCGGUCUCGGUCUAGGUAUUCUCUCAUAUAUACUCGCGUAGAUCCCGCCUCGUUGCGAACUUACGAUCAGAUGUUGUUUCAAUUCUUCUUCGCCUCUUCCCAUCCUCGACGCCCUCGUUUCCGAGUAGAUAUCACCGCCUAAGUACCCACCCCGAAACGGCAUUCCCGAUACAAAGAAACCGAACACGGCCGUUUAAUCACUGAUCUUCAACGACCACCACCCUUCAACCGGCAGCAUGUCGUGGCAACCGUCCUACUCGUGGACCGGUGCGCCCACCACGUUCAAUGGCACGAACGCUGAGACCGGAGGCGAUUCCAACACCGAGAACCUGAACCAAUGGUACCAAUCGGGUGACCAGGCGUUCAUCCUCGUUGCGGCAUGUAUGGUUUUGCUGAUGGUGCCCGGAAUCGCCUUUCUGUAUUCCGGCCUGUCGCGAAGAAAGUCGGCUCUGUCCUUGAUCUGGGUCUGCAUGAUGUCUUUCAGCGUCAUCAUCUUCCAGUGGUACUUCUGGGGCUACUCGCUGGCUUUCAGCUCGACCGCCACCAAUGGUUUUAUCGGCAACCUUCACCAUUUCGGCCUCAUGAACACCCUCGCGGUGCCCUCUCCCGGUUCCCCUUUAAUACCUGAAUUGCUCUAUUCUUUCUACCAGAUGAUGUUCUGCGCCGUAACAGCAGCUCUCGUCAUUGGGGCGGUUGCCGAACGUGGUCGCAUGCUUCCCGCCAUGGUCUUCACCUUCUUCUGGGCCACCCUGGUCUACUGCCCACUCGCCUGCUGGGUUUGGAAUAUAAACGGAUGGGCCUUCAACUACGGUGUCCUCGACUAUGCCGGAGGCGGGCCUGUCGAAAUCGGUUCCGGUCUAUCCGCCUUAGCCUAUUCGUGGGUCCUCGGCCGACGUCACGAGAAGAUGAUGCUCAAUUUCCGUCCUCACAACGUUUCCCUAGUCACUCUUGGCACCGUUUUCCUGUGGUUCGGCUGGCUCGGCUUCAACGGUGGAUCUGCAUUCGGCGCUAACUUGCGCGCGACGAUGGCCUGCUGGAACUCUUGCUUGACUGCCACAUUUGCCGCCAUGACCUGGUGCCUGCUCGAUUUCCGCCUCGCAAAGAAGUGGUCGAUGGUAGGAUGGUGUUCUGGUGUUAUUUCCGGUCUCGUUGCCGCUACCCCUGCGUCGGGAUUCAUCCCUCCCUGGGCAUCUAUUAUCCUGGGUGUUGUUACUGGAGUGUGCUGCAAUUUUGGCACUAAAGUCAAGUUCCUGGUUAGAAUCGACGACUCCCUCGAUGUAUUCGCCGAGCACGGUAUUGGUGGCAUCGUCGGUCUCAUCUUUAACGCCCUGUUCGGUGCGAACUACAUCAUCGGUCUGGACGGCGUCAACAACGGCGUGUACCCCGGUGGUUGGAUCGACCACCACUACGCACAGCUGUACAUCCAGAUCGCGUAUAUCGUAGCGGCUUGCGGUUACAGUUUCGUCAUGUCGGCCAUCAUUGCUAAGCUGAUCGACCUCGUGCCGGGCCUACACCUGCGCGCCACGGAGGAAGCGGAACUCCUGGGCAUGGACGACGACCAGCUCGGCGAAUUCGCAUACGACUACGUCGAGGUGCGCCGCGACUUCCUGGCCUGGACCCCGGCCAAGGAGGAGCCCACUUCCGGCGGCCACCGCUUCAUCCCCCAGCACGGCAUCGAGGAGCACCAGAACAUGGCUAACACGAACGGCCACGUCCUCGAGAAGGAGCAGGAGAAGAUGGGAGCUUCGGUCAGGGCCCCUGCUAAAGAGGAGGCCGCCGAAGAAGCCGCGGACGCGGACGCGGCUACCGAAAGUAGCAGUCGAUGAUGGCCCAUCGCGUGAAAUGGGCCCCGUGUAUUUUUGCUCCGUGGGAGGGUUGCGCUGUGGAUACAAGUUGGCUACAUAAUACCCAUCAGUUCUUCGGUUCUCUUAUUUGUCUUGUAUCAGGAGUCGGAAAAACAUAUAUCAGGGAGGCUUAAAAAAGAUCUGCUUAGGGGCGUGGUGUAUAAGGCGUUGAGAUGUCGUUGAAUACCAAUCUAGCUGAAUUGAGUUGCUGUUGAAUCUGAAUCGUUUCGUCUCGGAUUCUUAGGUACCUUGUCUUUGGUUAGAUGUGAUUCGGUGUGAUGUUUUUGACUAAUAUUUUAAGCACUUCUAUAUCCUAUUUAUAGGUACUAACGGAUCUAUCAUGUACGUGCUCGUGAACAACCGCCCCUUUUUCCAUCUGCAUAUGUACACUACUACCCCCCCUUACAGCAAGUAACUUAUAGCAUCUACCUAGUACUUACAUCUAUAUAUAUAUGCACCAAGUAUCAUGUUGAUAUAAUCCAUACCUCAACUCUUCUCGCCACAUGCAACUAGAU